AUGGCCGCGGGGGACCUGUACGCGCAGGGUGCCCGGGUGUGGAUCCCUGACUGUGCUGAAGUCUGGAGGGUGGCAGAAGUAAGCAGGAGCUAUGAGGAAGGAGACGACGUUCUCCAUCUCCGCCUGGAAGAUGGCUUGGAGCUGGCCUACCCCAUCGGGUCCCAGCUGCCACCUCUUUGCAACCCCGACUGCCUCUCUGGCAAGGACGACCUGGUGGCCCUCAGCUACCUGCACGAGCCGGCGGUGCUGCACUCGCUCCGGGUGCGCUUCCUGGAGGCCAACGCCAUCUACACCUACUGUGGUAUCAUCCUUGUUGCCAUCAACCCGUACAAGCAGCUGCCCAUCUACGAGGAGGAGGUGAUUUAUGCCUACAGUGGUCGGGAAGUGGGGGACAUGGACCCCCACAUCUUUGCCUUGGCGGAGGAAGCGUACAAGCAGAUGUCACGGUACGGCAAGAACCAGUCCCUCAUCAUAAGCGGCGAGUCGGGCGCGGGGAAGACAGCGUCGGCCAAGUACGCCAUGCGGUACUUCACCACCGUUGGCGGCAGCCUGAGUGACUCCAGCAUGGAGGACAAGGUGCUGGCCUCCAGCCCUCUCAUGGAGGCCUUUGGGAAUGCAAAGACAACCAGGAAUGACAACAGCAGCCGCUUUGGGAAGUACAUAGAAAUUGGCUUCAGCCAGGCGUAUGUCACAGGGGCCACCAUCAAAACCUACCUGCUGGAGAAGUCCCGGGUCACCUUCCAGGCAAAAGCAGAGAGGAACUACCACAUCUUCUACCAGCUCUGCGCCUCAGCAGCCCUGCCUGAGCUCCAAGGCCUGGGUCUCUGUGGGGCAGAGUCCUUCCACUACACCCGCCAGGGCCAGUGCACCGCUGUGGAGGGCACUGAUGAUGCUGCUGACCUGGACAGCACGCGGCAUGCCUUCUCGCUCCUGGGGGUGCUGGAGACUGAGCAGCUGGAGCUCUUCGGUGUCCUGGCUGCCAUCCUGCACCUGGGCAACAUCGCGAUCAGGGGCAGGGACCGCCAUGGAGAUGGCUGCUUUGUCGAGCCCACAGACAAAGCCCUGGGCCUGUUCUGCACGCUGCUGGGUGUCGAGGAAUCGCAGGUGUCACGCUGGCUCUGCUACCGCAAGCUGGUCACCACCGGGGAGACCUAUAUGAAGCCCCUGUCCAGGCAGCAGGCGCUUGACUCCCGGGAUGCCCUGGCUAAGCAUAUGUAUGGGCAAGUCUUCAGGUGGAUGGCAAGUAGGGUCAACCGUGCCCUGCGGUCACCAGAGGGACACCACACCUCCAUUGGCAUCCUGGACAUCUACGGGUUUGAGAUGUUUGAGCUCAACAGCUUUGAGCAAUUCUGCAUCAACUAUGCCAAUGAGAAGCUGCAGCAGCUCUUCAACCUGCAUGUCUUCAAGUUGGAGCAGGAGGAAUAUGUGACGGAGGAGAUCCCUUGGGUCUUCGUUGACUUCUGUGACAACCAGCCAUGCAUCGAGCUCAUUGAGGGCCGCCUUGGCAUCCUGGACCUGCUGAACGAGGAGUGCAAGAUGCCCCAAGGCAGUGACGGGAGCUGGGCCCAGAAGCUUUAUCACACUCACCUCAGCAGCUCCCACUUCCAGAAGCCCAAGAGGCCCACAGACGCCUUCAUCGUCUGCCACUUUGCUGGCAAGGUGGAAUACCAGUGCAGUGGGUUUGUGGAGAAGAACAGGGACGCUGUUCCUGAGGAGCUGGUUGGGCUGCUGCGAGCCAGCAAGUCCACCCUGCUCGCUGAGCUCUUCCUGGAGGAAGGGGAUGGCACGGUGUCCCUGCAGUCCCGUAGGUCCAGCGGGCCCAGGCUUGCCAGUCGCCCCGGCCGGAGAUCACUGCCUGGGAACAACAAGAACAAGAAGUCUAUUGCCAGCCAGUUCAAAGCCUCCCUGCGCAAGCUCAUGGAGGUGCUGGGCAGCACCACAUCACACUACAUCCGCUGCAUCAAACCCAAUGACAGCAAGCAGCCCUUUGUGUUUGACUCCAGGCGAGUGGUGGAGCAGCUACGAGCCUGCGGUGUCCUGGAGACCAUCCGGAUCAGUGCUGCGGGCUACCCCUCCAGGUGGACGUACCAGGAGUUCUUCGACAGGUACCAGGCUCUGGUGACCAGGGAGGAGCUGACGGGCACCAGUGAGAAGCAGAUCUGCAACCUUGUCCUGGAGAGACUGCUCCAAGAUCCAAGGAAGUACCAGUGUGGGAAGAGCAAGGUGUUUUUCCGGCCUGGCCAGGUGGCCUACCUGGAGGAGCUGCGUUACCAGAGGCUGAGGGAGGCCUGCGUCCUGCUGCAGAGGCACUUGCGAGGCUGGCUGGCACGGAGGCGCUUCCAACGCAUGCGUGGAGCAGCGAUCUGCCUGCAGCGAUACGCCCGAGGCAUGCUGGCCCGGAGGCUUGCUGAGGUGCUGCGGAGGACCAGGGCUGCCGUGGUGCUGCAGAAGAGCGUGAGGAUGGCUCUGGCCAGGCGCUCCUAUCUCCAUGUGCGCCGGGCUGUCCUCACUAUCCAGGCUUUUGCCCGGGGCGUGUUUGCCAGACGUCUUUACCACCAGAUGGUGCGGCACCAGAAGGCCGUGGUGAUCCAGGCUGCUGUGCGCGGCUGGCUGGCCCGUAGGCACUACGCGCGUCUGCGCGGGGCUGUCGUCUACCUGCAGUGCUGCUACCGCCGGGCCCGGGCGCGCGGGGAGCUGCGACGCCUGCGUGCCGAGGCCCGCUCGGUUGAGCACUACAAGCAGCUGCACAAGGGCAUGGAGAUCAAGGUGAUGCAGCUGCAGUGCAGGCUGGACGAGCAGGCCCAGGAGAAGCAGCGCCUGUCGGAGCAGCUCUCGGCGCUGAACGCUGCCCACGCCGAGGAGGUGCAGCAGCUGCGGGCUGAGAUGCAGCGGCUGCGGGAGGACGCGGUGUGCGACACCCACGUCCGGCGCCUGCAGGAGCGGCUGGCUGAGCUGGAGCGGCACAGUGCUGAGAGCAGGCUGGGCCAGGAGGUGGAGGAGCUGAGACAGCGCUUGGCAGAGGUGGAGGCUGCGAAGCUGCACCUGGGAGAGGAGAGAGAUGCUCUGAUCCAGCAGACACUGGAGCAGUCACAGGAUCUGGAAGAGCAGCACCAGCGAGCAGCGAGGGAGAGCCAGGGGCUGCUGCAGGAGCUCGAAGAGGAGCGAGCUCGCUACCAGAGCCUGGUGAAGGAGUACGCCCGCCUGGAGCAGGGCUAUGAGAACCUGCGGGACGAGGUGGCCUUCCACAAGCACAGCACCUUCAGACGGUCCCCUUCAUCCGAGAGCUUCCUGGGCUCCGAGAGCAGCUACCUGUCCUCCAUGUCCACGGCUCCUUCACGGGAUGGCUCUGACCUGCAGGCUGAGGGGCCAGAGGAGCGCUGGCAACCAGUGCUGGAGGGCCAGCAGCCCCAGCCCGGCAGCGAGGCCAUGCUGAACGGCAGUGUGGGCCAGGACCCAUUUGAGAAGGCGUAUCUCCUCCUCCUGGGGCAGCUCAACGCUGUCAAUGAGGAGCUGGCCCGGACCCGGGAGGAGCUGCGGAGGGCCAGGGCUCCUGCAGAGUCCGAGGAGAAGAGACCCCUGGAUUUUCUCAAGCGCAGGCAGAACAUUGCUGAGAUGCUGGGGCUGGCCAGGAGCCCGGAGAAGGCAGCUGUAGAUGAUGACUUGAAGCAUGCAUACGACGCUGUCCAGGUUGCCAAUAGGCUGCUGGCCAGCCAGCUGCGGGAGGAGAAGCAGCAGCACGAGGAGGAGGUGGAAGGGCUGCACCUGGACAUCCGCUCCCUCAAGCAGCUGAGCCAGCAGCAGGCAGCCCUGAUCCAGGACCUGCAGCGGCACCAGGGCCAGGAGGGGCUGCAGCACCAUGUCGUGCGGCUCAAGGAGGAGAACUGGGAGCUGUCCCAGAAGCUGGAGAGGCAGGAGAGGACCACAGUGAAGCUCCAGAAGCAGCUGAGAGCCUACGCAAAGCAGAUCCAGGACCUCACAGUAAGGAGAGAGGCCACCUGGCCAGGACAGGAGCCAGCAGGGUCCCCAAAGGUCUCGUCCCCAGCUGGGCUGUCCCAGGGCAUGCUGGCAUGGAGAAUAGAGGAUGAAGGACGCAUCAUCAAGGCCAUCAUUACAGACUACAGACCGCAGAGCAGCCCUGGGGUGCUCCCGGACCUGCCAGCCUACAUCCUCUUCAUGUGCCUCCGGCACGCAGACCACUGCUGUGACGAACCCCGGGCCCACUCACUGCUGGAUGCUGCUAUCAACACCAUCAAGAGAGUCAUGAAGAAGCACAGCGAUGACUUUGAUGUGGUGGCACUGUGGCUUGCCAAUGCCUGCCGGCUCCUGAACUGCCUGCGCCAGUACGGCAGGGAUGAGAGCUACUGGCAGGAGAACACAGCGAGGCAGAACGAGCAUCGACUGCGCAACGUGGACCCGCAGGGCGCCUGCCGCAGCCUGGGUGCCCUGGCCAUCCAGCUCUACCAGCAGCUCAUCCGCACUGCUGAGAAGGGCCUGAAACCCAUGAUUGUUGCCGCAAUGCUGGAAAGCGAGACCAUCCAGGGCUUGUCCUCCACUCGCCCUGCUGGUCCCCGCCGGCCCCUGGCAGCCCCUGCCCACACGCUGCCCGAGCUGCUGCAGCAGCUGGGCUCCUUCCGCGAGGCGCUGAGCCGCCAAGGGCUGCCCGCCGCCGUGGUGCACCAGGCCCUCCGCCAGCUCCUCUUCCUCGUCAGCGGCACCACCCUCAACUACCUGCUGCUGAGGAAGGACGCCUGCUCCUGGAGCCGCGGCAUCCAGCUCAGGUACAACAUCAGCCAGCUGGAGCAGUGGCUGCGGGCGGAGGGGCUGCACCAGAGCGGGGCUCGCGAGGUGCUCGAGCCCCUGGUGCAGGCUGCCCAGCUGCUCCAGGUGAAGAAGGCCACGGAGGAGGAUGCCGGAGCUAUCUGCAGCCUGUGCACGGUGCUGUCAACACAGCAGGUUGUGAAGAUCCUGCGGGCUUACACCCCUGCCGCCGGGCUGGAGGAGCGCGUGAGCCCCAGCUUCAUCAGCAGUGUUGAGAAACGGCUGCAGGAGCAGAACCCAGAGGGCCCCAGCCAGCUCCUGGUGGACACAUGUCACCUCUUCCCUGUGCAUCUGCCCUUCUCUGCCUCCUCUGUGCACCUGGAUGAGCUCCGCAUCCCUGACAACAUUGACCUGGCCUUCCUCCAUGUCUGAGCCCACGUCCGGUCCUGCAGCGGUGCCAGUGCCCAGCUGAGUGUUGGGAUGAGCCUGAAUCCCCUCUGGGACAGGAAGGCCAUGAAGGCUUCUGGGUGCAGCACUUUUUACAUGUCUAGUUCCUUUGGGAAGCUAUUUAUUUAUUGAAAGUCAUGUGCAUUGUUUGUGGCCCAGCCAGGUCCUGUGAAGGUCUUGUGCUGAGGGCUUUAACUACUACUUUUAAUCCUUUGAAGUUAAUAAAAGUCUUUGCAAAUAA